GCCAUCUUAUCUGUGUCGGCUCUGGCUCUGGACUACGUUUCCCAGAGUCCACAGUGGCCCGACGUUACGUCUUUCUUGACGUCGUGGCGAGAUCGUUAGCUCCACGGGGACCCGGACGCGACCAAGGGGAGGCAGAAGGCACAAUUACAGCACACAUGAAUAUAGUUACCAAAUCAAGAAGUUUGCUACUAUUGGGAGCUGACAAAGCACAAACAAAAGCCAUUCUGUGAAAAUACUACUGUUUUUAGAACAUCCUAAGCUAUUAUUUCAUGUUCAAAGGAAGAUUGUUUAAAAAAAAAAAAAAGAAGUUGCUUCUGUAAAUUAAGCGUGAUUUCUUUUUGGAGCAAGGAGGAUAUCCUGGAUUGAGGGUUGACAAGAGGUCUGUGUACAGAAUGUGAGAUCCACUGGGACAGGGACUGGAUUUAUUAUCUUCCUCACACCUAGAACCAUGCCAGUUGAGGACUCUGCACUUGUCCAAGAGAAGAAUCUAAAGAAAUCUGAGCAGCUCAGGUAGUUCUAAAAGCCAUGGCACAGAAGGUUCCUUGUUACUUUUUUCCAACAAGGUUUUCAUUGGAGCUCACCAUUUCACGGAGAGAGUAGCUCUUCUAGGAUCCCAGGCUUAAAGUGAGGUCAUGGACUCUCACCCCAUUUGGGAUUGGUAACAUUCAGGGAUGUGGCCAUAGAGUUCUCUCAGGAAGAAUGGAAGUGCCUGGAACCUGCCCAGAGAGACUUGUACAGGGAUGUGACUCUGGAGAACUUCAGUAACUUGGUCUCACUAGGACUUUCCAUUUCUAAGCCUGAUGUCAUUUCCUUAUUGGAGCAAGGGAGAGAACCCUGGAUGAUUACAAAUGAUAUGACAGGACCAUGGUGUCCAGAGCUGGAGUCCAGGUGUGAGAAAUUUCCACAAAAAGAUAUUUCUGAAGUAGAGUCAUUCAAUUGGGAGAUAAUGGAAAGCCUUAAAUGCUGUGAUUUUGAUGGCUCCAGUUUGAAAGAUGACUGGGAAUACAAAGGCCAAUUUGAAAGACAACAAGUAACUCAGGAAUGCUGUUUCAAACAAGUAAAAGUCACAUAUGAAAACAUACCCACUUUUAAGCAUCAUACAUCCCUCAAUUUACAUCAGAACAAUGAGAUUGGUGAGAAACUGAUUGAAUGUAAUGAAUGUGGAAAAGCAUUUAGCCGUGGCUCACACCUUAUUCAGCAUCAGAAAACUCAUACUGGUGAAAAACCCUUUGAAUGUAAGGAAUGUGGGAAGGCCUUUAGUCGUGCCUCGCACCUUGUUCAACAUCAGAGAAUUCAUACAGGUGAGAAACCUUAUGACUGUAAGGAAUGUGGGAAAGCCUUUGGCCGUACUUCAGAGCUUAUUCUACAUCAAAGACUUCAUAGUGGUGUCAAACCCUAUGAAUGUAAAGAAUGUGGAAAGACCUUUAGACAGCAUUCACAACUUAUUCUGCAUCAAAGAACUCACACAGGUGAGAAACCCUAUGUAUGUAAAGAUUGUGGGAAGGCUUUUAUUCGUGGCUCACAACUUACUGUUCAUCGGAGAAUUCAUACAGGGGCUAGACCCUAUCAGUGUAAAGAAUGCGGGAAAGCCUUUAGACAGCAUUCACAGCUUACUGUCCACCAGAGGAUUCAUACUGGUGAGAAACCGUAUGAAUGUAAGGAAUGUGGGAAGGGCUUUAUCCAUAGCUCAGAAGUUACUCGACAUCAAAGAAUUCAUUCUGGGGAGAAACCCUACGAAUGUAAGGAAUGUGGGAAGGCCUUUAGACAACAUGCACAGCUCACACGACAUCAGAGAGUUCAUACUGGUGACCGACCUUACGAAUGUAAGGACUGUGGGAAGGCAUUUAGUCGUAGUUCAUACCUUAUUCAACAUCAGAGAAUUCAUACAGGUGACAAACCCUAUGAAUGUAAGGAAUGUGGGAAAGCCUUUAUUCGUGUUUCACAACUGACUCAUCAUCAGCGAAUUCAUACUUGUGAGAAACCCUAUCAAUGUAGGGAAUGUGGAAUGGCCUUUAUUCGUAGUUCACAACUUACUGAGCAUCAGAGAAUUCAUCCUGGGAUCAAACCUUAUGAAUGUAGAGAAUGUGGGCAAGCCUUUAUUCUUGGCUCACAGCUCAUCGAACACUACAGAAUCCAUACUGGUUAGAAAGCCUUGAAUGUUAGGGGUGUAGGAGCCUUUAUGUGGAGUUCACACCUGACUCAAUAUUAGAUAAUUUGUAUGUAAUGUAAUUAAUGUGAAAACCUUCACAUGUCACUUCCAUUACAGAAUAUCGGAUAACUCAUAGCGGAAGAAAAUUCAAUAAAUGUGGGAAUUCUUUUUGCCUCACACUCACUGCUUACUAAGCAUCAGAAAACUUAUGCUGAAAAAAAUAUUAAUAUGAAUAUAGAAAACUUUCUGUUACCACUCAAAAUGUGUUAAACUUCUGAGAAUUCCUAAUAGAAAAUGACCUUAUUAAGAUAUUUUGUGAAUGUGCCUUUUACCAUGAUAUACAUCUUAACAUUAUCUCAGCUCCACCAGUUACCAACUGUAUUGAUUUUGGACAAAUAAUGCAGUCUUCCUGUUCCUCAGUUUACUUAUUUUUAAGCAGUGAUCAUUAUACUUACCUAAUAGAGUUUUCCUGAGGACUAUCAGAUAUUUUAUAUAAAGCCUGUGUUCAAUAAAUAUUAGUUAUCAUUGUUAAUUAAUAACGGUAUAACUGUUAAGGAAUUCCUGUGAGAGGAGGACCUUAUGAAUGUGUCAAAUAUCAAAAAGCCUUCAUAACCACUUGUUAUGAUAAUUCAUUCUAGAAAACAGUAGUCAAGUAUAAUUAUCAUGAGGUCUUCAUGAUACUUAAAGCUAGAAAGUCGCAAGAUUAGAAAUUAACAGAAGAGUAACCAAAAGAAAUCUGCCUAUUUAGAAAUCUAAAGCCACCUUCAAGUAUGACUUCAAAAGCAAUCAGAAAUUUCUACACGUCAAAACCAGUUCAGCAUAGCCAAAGCGGUGUUCCUGUCAACCCAAGGAUUGAAGCUAGGGUCUUUGUUCUCCAAAUGUGGAUCUCCAGCUCCCACUCAUUGCCAGUUACAUACUAAGCACAUUGAAAAAUGUCAACUCUAAAAAUUAGAGGGAAAUAACCACAUAAACCCAAAUCAACGGUAAGAAUGAUCAUUAAAAACAAAAAAUAAUAAAAUAGAAAACAACAGUAGACUUCAUAUGAAGGUUAUUUAUUUUAACAAUAUAAGAUGGAUGACUGACAACCCUGAUCUAGGGGGGAAGAAAACAUAAUACUAAUGAAUAAGGAAGAGCUGAAUAUUCCUUUUAAAUAAUCACUAUGCAUGAUUUUAAUGUAUUUGGAAAUGUAAAAAUAGGUUUUUACAGAAAUAUCAAAGUUCACAAAGAUAUGGAAUACCUGAAUAAAUCAAUGAUUGUAGAAGGACAUAAAAAGUCAGUCUUCCCCUUUAAAGAAAACAGUUUAACCUACUAAAACUUCAAGGAACAGAUAGAUAAUCCCUGAGAGAAGCUUGCCAGUUUCUUUUCAAGGCUAAAUAAAAUUACGAUUUUAAAAAAUUCGACAGGAUGGCUCCCAAGAAACAAAUUUUAGAUGAUUAUCAUUUGUGAAAAUAAAUAUAAAUAAAAUUCCUGCUAAUUGAAUCCAGUCUCUUUAAAGUUAGAAGCUCAUUCUAAAUGGAAUAUCUAGAAUUUCACCUGUUGUGGGUUAAUUAUGUUUUCAGAAUUUUGAUAUCACUCCAGAUGACAGAUAGGGCAAAGAGCCCCGAUCCAACCCCAGGGAUAUCUGGAUCAGAGCUUGUGAUUGAAUCUGGGGAAUCUCAAGAAGCAUCCCCUCAAUACAGGCAGUGUCUGGGGAAGCGGGCCUGUUGUGUCCGGAAGCCAUCCAUCUUUUCAGUCAUCAUGAGUGUUCACUAAGGCACCUGUAUUUUCUACAUGUGUCACUGCCUACGCAGGGUUAGAAAGUAGUAUUCUGUAUGUCAUUUUUAGGUGGUUUAAUGAUUAGGAUGUACAUUUGGAGGGGCUCAAAGCUAUGACAUUAAGAAGUGUUACUUUGAAUAGUUAAAACACAUGUACAGGAUAAAUAUUUUAAAGUUACGAUUUGGUAUGCAGACAUAAGUCAGUCUCCACACCAUCGAUGCCCCUUCCCACCGUGUUACUCUAUGUACCUAUCACUGUAUCAAGUUCUUGUAUAUACUUCCUGAUUUUUAUGUUUGCCUAAGUGUAGACAUGCACAUAACACUCUUUAUAAAAGUUUUUUACAUAAAUGGUAGCAAAUUUUUAUACUUGAUAUUUUUGCUUAUCUGUACACCUUGAAAUUGGAUAUCAAUACAUAUAUAGUUGCCUUAUUCUUCCUUAACAGCUGCAUAGUAUAUGUGUUUCAUUAUUUAUCCUGUCGAUUUAGUUUUUUCAUUAUUCUUUGCUUUCAAACAAUCCUGUAAUAAAUAUCCUUGCACACAAA